CACCUAAUUACCCCAAUUUUUCACCCCAGAAAACCCACAAAUCUCAUCAUCAUCUCAUCCCAAUUAGUUUUCCAAUAAACAAUUCAUCACGUUCUUUACACCAACAACAAUACUCGUGUAAUGUAACACUCACAAAUCGCAAUGAUUGCACCGAAAUUUUUUCGCUCUCGUUCUUCAAACCCAGUCAGUCACUCAGUCUUGCAUGAAAUAAUUGUGAUAACAAUAAGUGAUAAACAUCGUUGUGAGCCAGCAUAAACACUACAAAUACCAAGUGCUGUCAAUAGAUCGAAGAAACAUUGUCCUUCAUCUGCUCCUCAUCUGCUAAUCAAUGGACAUGAUAAUUUGCAAUUAAUAUUCUAGUGAUAUUCCCAGACUUGGAUCGAGCGGACACAAUCUGACAUAACCAAGUGCUGAGUCUCUGAUUGCCACCGAUUGCCUCUGAUUUUUAAAUAGAUAGAACAGAGCGCAAUGGACGAGAAACGUGAGUCAAACAUGACAGACGACGAGGAAGAUCCGGAGAAUAUAAUAAUAAACGAAGUAGAUGGUCUACCAAAUCUGCACCCUAAUUUCCAACAACUCAACCUCGAUCUCAGCGACGAUAAAAGUACAAGUGACAAGAGCGUUAGAACAUUAGAUGAAUUGGUGCACGAUGAGGAUCUACCAAUGUCUGUUAUCGUGACCAAUGUAGAUCCCCGGGUAUUCAAAUGUGACGAACUUAAGGCUGACAUCGAACAUCUAUUCAAACAAUUCGGUGAUGAGGCGACAUUCCAGUAUUUCAAGUCAUUCAGAAGAAUGCGAGUGAAUUACAACUCACCGGGUGCCGCUGCUCAUGCCCGAAUACAAUUGCAUCAAACACGUCAUGGUGAAACUGACAUCAAUUGUUAUUUUGCCCAGCCAGUGACGCCGAUAGAUAUAGAGGAUCAGCAUCUCCAGCCCCCAGCACUGACAAAACAGUUCCUAAUAUCACCUCCAGCGUCUCCACCCAUUGGAUGGCAGCCCAGAGAGGAAGGAGAACCACUAGUUAAUCAAGAUUUAUUGGCUGCCAUUGCCAAUCUCUCCCCAGGUGGAAGCCACGAGCUGCACGCCGGAGGCUCUGGUCAACCUGGCAUCGUGGUGCACGUCUGCGAGACGACAAAUUCACCCCAGAGGCAUCCCCCCAUUCAGCACACACGCUGUCCUGAACAUUAAAUUCUCCAUUCAUCAGCUGCAACAUAGUCAAUGGCAAAUGAUAUCGAUCGAAUCCAUCCAGGUGACUAAUUCAUAAAUAUUACGAUAGAAAGAGAAUGUAAGAUGCUUUUCAAGAAUUUCGAAGAGCCUUGAAAAUAUAUCACGACCAGAUAUGGAGAGAUAAGACGUGGUAUGGAAAAAAAUCUCUCACAUUCAAUCGCAAUUGUGAUCUCAAAAGCUUCAUACAUGUUACUGUGUGUAUAUUUCAUUUACAUUUGCCUUUGGAGUCAUAAACUAUCUCGAAAUACCAUUAAUAUUUGGAGAAUGGAGAAAAAUGAAGAUUAACAUAUUAAAGCAAACUGGCUGUUCCGUAUUUUAGUGUUGAAGAGAAAUAAUGAUAUGAUAUUCUGAGGAGUAAUCUCGUUAUUUCAUUUGACAACUGAUUCAUUAAUUAUAUAUCUAAAUGUACCUGCAAGUAUGUCCUCUCGUUAUCUGAGCGUUUUUCCUCAUUGGAAUAUAUUUUGCCAUCUUGACAUGUUUUUUGAUAGAUGUUAGGAAUGAGUUAAACUACUUAGGUAACUGUGCCGGGGUAAAAUUGACUUUGAAAUGAACAAUCGGAAGUAUUUGAUUCAAAAUUAGUACAGCAAUAUGCUGUACUCUAUAGUCUAUGGUAUAGGCACUAGUGAUAUUGGACGGUAACAAGAAACCCCGAUAAAUUCUCUGUUGUUUCUGCUUCGAUCUAAAUAUCUUAUAUAAAUGUAUCUGAAGUGCGAUGAACUGGGAGCUGAUUAUUCCAGGUAUAAGCCUUGAUAAACAUCGAAUUUAAAAGAGGCAAUCGAUUGCUCAUCCAUUGAUGACUCUCAAUCUCAAAACAAUACGAGAUUAUUAUUACUAGCUAUUAUUUGCUAUUAAUGAUUCAAUUGAAUUGGGUGAUAGGUAAAAAUUCUCUUCCAAUGAAAAUAAUUGUCGCAUUUCAUAUGUUUAAUUAACGUGAUUAUUGGAAUAAAAAAGGUGAAAUUGCGAUAUAAUACAACAGAUGUGCUGAACAUAUAUAUAUCUUGGAUGUCAGGUACAUCCUCAAGAGAAUAAUCAUAGAAAUAUGGGGAGAGGAAGAUGAACAUAUUUUUCCCCCGAUGAAAAUCCGUGUGGAAAAUGUUCAAAAUAUAAAUAUGAAAUUAAUGGUGUAAUUUUAUGUAUGUAUGAGAAUGUGCAUAAAUUGCCGUAGUCUAAUCAAAGAAAUGAAUAAUAAUGAAGAGGCAAUGAGGCAGAGAAAGGUCAGAUCCUUUUACUCAACUAAGAAAUUUUUAAUCAUUAUUAGUUGAUACGUUCAUCUCACAAUUGUUAAUCCUCGAAAUUUGGAAUUUUCCUGUUGUAAUAAAAUAGUUCCAAAAUCAAAGUGAGACAAUCUCAUGAGACAGAUCAAACUGCAAUUAUUUAUUUAAUGAAUAAUAGCGAUGCCAAAGUUGCUAGAAUGUUAAUCGUUUGUUUUUGUAAAGCUUAUUGAUUUUAUAGAUUUUUAAAAAUAUUUCUUUUCGAGUGCUUACAAGCAAUUGAAAUUAUAUCGUAAUAUGUAAAUCUGACAGUACAAAGAAAAAAAAAAAAAUAUUCAGCGAACAGAGUACUUAAUGAAGAAAUUUAUCAUUUACCAUGUGCUUUGAUGCUCAGACGCCAUUCGUGUGUACUGGCCUAGGUGGUUUAAUUUUUAACUAAAAAUGUGUAUAAAGAUGAAUUACUAAAAAAAAAAAAAAAAAAAAA